CUCACACAGACACAGUGUUCCAUAUUCUCUCAUAGCUAACGCUUCAGCAGUUACAGCCCCAAAACCCCAUAAUAAAUUAUCACGUAUUCUCCUCCUUCUUCUUCGUUUGUAGUCUUUCAAUCUGAAACAGAGACGAGGUUUUGGGGUGAUGAUUUAUGAUUAGUUGUUUUUGAUGGGAGAGAUUAAUUGUUGCUUGAAACUGUGAUUGAGUUGGUGAGCCCGAACAUGCGCAAGUCUUUUAAGGAUUCGCUUAAGGCGCUUGAAGCUGAUAUUCAGUUUGCCAAUACUUUGGCGUCUGAUUAUCCAAGAGAAUAUGAUGGGGGUUGCCUUCAGAUGAGAUUAUCGUAUAGCCCCACCGCUCAAUUCUUUCUGUUUCUUAUUCAGUGGACUGGCUAUCACCUUGCCGGUGCCUUAGGAUUGCUUAGAAUUCUUAUAUACAGAGCGUAUGAGGAUGGGAAGACCACCAAGUCAAUUCAUGAAAGAAAAGCUAGUUUAAAAGAGUUCUACAGUGUGAUAUUUCCCUCAUUACUGCAACUUCAAAGGGGUCUGACUGAUGUAGAAGAGCGGAAACAGAGAGAAAUAUGUUCCAAGUACAAGAGAACAGAUGAGACAGACAAAGGAAAGCUAUCCGAAAUUGAGUUGGAGCGAGAAGAAGAAUGCGGUAUUUGCAUGGAGAUGAACAGCAAGGUCGUAUUGCCCAAAUGCAGUCACUCUUUGUGUAUGAAGUGCUACCAGAACUGGCGGACACGCUCUCAGUCCUGCCCCUUCUGCCGGGACAGCCUUAAAAGAGUCGACUCAUGUGAACUUUGGAUCUACACCAGCAACAAUGAAAUUGUUGACCUUACUACAAUCUCAAGGGAGAACUUGAAGAGACUAUGUAUCUACAUUGAGAAGCUGCCUCUCCUUGUUCCAAAUCAUGGGGUUGUUUCUUAUGACAAUUAUAGAUAAUGAUCUAUAUGAAUUGUUGUAGUCUUGUUAGAAGCAGGUCCUAUUUAAACAGGCUGGGAAACCUUUACCCAUAGUCAACUCCAGGCUGAUUGUAUAUGGCUCAUUCAAUUCAUUUGCACUCUGUGAAAGUUGUAAAUAGCAUCCUGUGUUGUUAGUCUGCUUCAGGCACAUUCAUUUGUAUAUAUAUGAACUACCCAACCGUUUAAUUGUGGUU